AUGAAGCUGAUGAAGGACAUUGCAAAGCAAUUGAUAAAGCUGAAAAGCCACAUCAUUAAGUUUGAUCAUUCUCCAUGUGAUCCAACAAUUACUCUGCAUGGACCUCCAGCUAAUGUGUUUGCCUGCAUAGUCUGUAGCAAAAGAUUUCCCACUCGUCAGCAAUAUAGUGAACACCUUUUAUCUAAGGUUGGUGAAAAUGAUGGCCAUGAGAGAAAUUACCCUCCUCAGCAUAUUCAGUGCUUUGCGUGUCCUUGCUGUUUCCUCCUCUUUAGCAUAAGAGAUGAAUGUCUACAGCAUAUGUCUGGAAAAAAUCAUUUUUCUCAGGCUUUUAAAUUGAGUGAUAAAGCAGGGAGUCCACUUCCUUUGCCUUUGCCAACCUAUGCUAAGAAUCUUCUAAUCUCCUUAUGCAAAGAAGUUCCAUUCCAAGUGCAGUGUACAUCCUGUCAUCAGGUUUUGCGUUCCCACAUCGAAUUAACAGCACACUUCAGAACCCGUUGUCGUAAUGCUGGUCCUGUAGCUGUAUCAAAGAAGUGCAUCUCCCAAGUUGCAGAAGUGCUGAAAGUCAAAGGUUUCUGUCAAGGCUGUGACAAGUUGUUUGUCAAUGAUGACCAAAUUACUCAGCAUAGUUGCACAAAUGUUGCCAAGAUUAAACUUAUUACCACAAUGGAAGAAUCCAUUUUAUUAAUCUGUCACAUCAAUGAAGGGAAUAAAAGUGCCCCUCACCUGCAAAAGAAUGCAAGCCUUUUAAAAUCUUCUCCUCUGAAGAGACAUUUGAAAUUGAAUGGCGAUAAGAAUGAAAUUGUUUCAAAAUGGAAAAAGGAUUUGCAAGGCAACAACCAAGAGGUUUGCACAGCUCCUACUGUCAAAACUUGGGUAUGUCAGUGUGAUCUGGCAUUUCUUUCUGAAGAGCUGGUAGAAAAACACAUUUUUUCUGAAAACAGAAUCUGCCACAAAUGUGGUGUAUGUGGGAAACUUGCAGAAAAUGCAAGCAUUAUCCGUUUGCACAUGAGCCGUUUCCAUGGAGGAGCACAUUUGACUAACUUCAUCUUCUGGUGCCAAGUUUGCACUGUAGCCCUUCAGAAAGAAGAAGAUGUCUUUACCCAUGUGACAGAACUUCAUGGUGGACAUAACUUCUAUUUUGAGAAGGACAUUGCUGAGGAUGAGCUGACAAUAUCUUCUGAUUCACAAUACAGCAGUUCACUUAAACAAGAAGGUCAAACUCCAAGCCCUAUCGAACUUCCUUCAGUCCAGAGUGAGAUGGAGGUAGCUGAGAGUCUUUCUCGCCAAUGGCAGUGUCAGAUGUGUGAGGAAAUAUUUAACUCGGAGGACAGUGUGAAACAACAUUGCAAAUCAUUAGAGAGUCAUCAUUUUCAUAGAUACAGCUGUGGCUUGUGCAAAAUGACUUUUCGGAAAACGGAAACACUACGGCGACACUGUCAGGAUAGGCAUAACAAGGUUGUACAGAUUAAAUACUUCUGUGGAUUUUGUGGUGACCUCUUCUUUGAUGUUGAGAAGGAGUUUUUACUUCACUUCAGGGACUUACAUAGCAUGGAUUACCUCUGUGUGUCUGAGACAGCAGGAACCUCAAUCAAAAGCCAUGAAAUAAUAGAAGAAGGUAGUCUUCUAAACUGUGGCUGUCAUGAGAAAUACAUUUGCAAAAAAAACAGGAAGGUAGAUUACAAGAAAUGUCAAGAAGCCAUGUUGGAAAAAGGCAAUCUAUGGUUUCGCUGCACUUCAUGCUCUUCUACAGCACAAACCUAUUCUGACAUGAUGGCUCAUCUCACAAGCCACACAAGCAAAAAAACUGAUCAAGAGUUGUAUGUAGUCAGGUGUGGUUCAUGUAACAAGCAUUUUAAUAAUAUUGCUGUUGCCCAUCAGCACUUCCAUGAUAAACAUUGCUUUUUACAAAAACCUCAACUAGCUUUUGGACCACAAGCAGAAAGUAAUAUCUUCCAUUUUUCUGCCAAGAGAUCCUGCACAGACAAGGAGCCUGAUAAACUGAAGCUUUCUGUAGAUGUAACUUCAACAAGUUCUUCAGAUGAAAAAAGGCUGAAGCUGGAAGAUGCAAACAAAGAACAGACUAGAAAGCUUCAUUCCGAAAUGUUUGAACAAGAUGAUGGAGAUCUUCCUGAUCUUGAUUACUUAAGCACCAUGACUCACAUUGUAAUGAUGGAUUUAGAUAACUGGGGAAACCUUUUCCAUCAAUUGCCUGCGACUCUCAAUCAAGGAACUUUUAUUUGGGGCUUUCAAGGUGGACAUAGCAAUUGGAAACCCCCUGUGAAUUGCAAGAUCUUUAAUUAUCUUAAUAAGAUUGGGUGUUUCUUUCUUCAUCCGCGCUGUGGUACAAGGAGAGAGGCAGCUGAUUUUGCAAUCUGCGUACACGUGGGCCGCCUGGAUGAACAUCUGCCAAAACAUAUUCCUUUCACCAUUCUUUCUGGAGACAAAAGCUUUCUAGAAUUGGAAGAUCAGCUUAAGAUGACUCAGCGGGCAACCCGCAUUCUAGAUCCUCAUAAGCUCGAUGCUGAUAUGAUGUGUGCCUUAUUAAAUAGCAUUUCGGAUACAGCCAAAGAAAAUGAAGAGGCUGAUACUCAAACAGCAAUGCAACAGAUUUUGCAAGAAACAAAUAGCCAAAAUGAUACAGAUGAUGAUGUUGAAUUUCAAGAGGCAAUAAGGCGAAGCCUUGAGGAAAUGUGAAGACGUCCAAAGAUGAGUGUACCAAAACAUCUACCCUGCUUCAAAGAAAUUGAAAUUUGUUCACCAUUUUAUAAACAUUAAAAUCUACUGAUCAAUAACUAUUCCAGUGUUUCAGUGGCACUUUAAAGAACUGAGUUCUAUCAGCAAGCACUAGCAGAGUUGAGAACCUGUUGUGGAAUUCAAGCUCAUGGGAUUUCAGUCAUCACUUCUCAUGGCUUAAGCAGUAAACAGUUUUAAAAUGUGGUACGGUCAAGCAUACUUAAAAACUCAAGUACAUGGCAGUUCUGCUGAGUCACAAGAUCAAUUAACUUUUGUUUUUUUCUACUGUCUGGGCUGAAACCUUGACGUACUUUAUUAUUUAUCCUGCUUGGUUUUUCAAACUUUUCUUUUCUGGAUUUUAAUGUUUUACUUCCAUUCUUCUGUUGACUUUGUAUUUGUAGUGCAAGAACUGCAGUAGAUACAGAUAUUAAUCCAGAAUGUCUAGGAGUAUCUUUUCUUUCUUCAUCAGUUUCUGAAGUGAAGCUUAGACACUAACCUGAAGAUUACAGUUCAUAGGCAAACUUGCAAGAGAUCUAUUGCAAUUCACUUAAACCUGAAGUCUAAGGUCUAGUUAUUUUCUGUUAGCUGUCUCUUUAUUCUUAUGUACAUUUUUAAUGUCAAGAAUGAAUACAAUGCCAAAUAGAUUGAGUGUGUUUGUAUAUUUUGUUUCCUGUCAUUAAUGCUACAGCAAAGUAUUUCCCUGUUUGUUUUUGACAGUAUUUCAAUAAUGUAACUUCAGGAAGCUGAGGCCUUUCUUUGAUUCUGUGUAAUUAAUUUAUUCACAUUUCUCAGAGCAUAAUUAUAUACUUGAGCAUAAUUAAAAUAUCAACUAUU